AAACGAUCAACAGAAGGUUUGAAGUCAACCUGGCGAGACUCGUUUUGACGAGCGCCGAACCCGGAUUUUUUAUGACUCCCCAGUAAUGGUCGGUGGCCUCUUGCGCCCCCUUUUGGUCGCCUGCGGGCCGCUGCUGCUGGCCGCGGCCGUCGCAGCCGCAGCUCGCCCCCACACCAACAACGGCUUCUACUACCAUGACGACGGCAACGGCAACGCCAACGGGGAGAUCUAUUUCAACGGGGUGCGUUUGCACGUGGAGUCGCCGCAGGCGUCCGUGUCAGCCACCACGGGCGGCACCGUCACCCUCCCCUGCCACUUCCACUACGAACCCGAGCUCAGCGCCCCGCGCCGGACGCGGGUCAAGUGGUCGUGGUUGCCCGCCAACGCCGCGGCCGAGCCCGCCCGCCCCGGGCAGACGGCGGCGGCCUACGCCGUGGAAACGCAGGUGAUGGUCGCCAUGGGCAACCGCCACCGCAGCUACGGCGGGUUCCGGGGUCGGGUCCGCCUGCGGCGCUCGGCGCCGGGCGACAUGUCGCUGGUCAUCGAUGAGCUGCGCCCCAACGACACGGGACGGUACCGGUGCGAGGUGAUCGACGGAUUGGAGGACGAGAGCGUCACCGUGGAACUGGAGCUGCGAGGCGUGGUGUUUCCGUACUACUCGGAGAAAGGGCGCUACCGCUUCAACUUUGUGGGCGCCCAGCGGGCGUGCCGGGAUCAGGACGCCACCCUGGCCACGUUCGAGCAGCUCUUCACGGCGUGGGACGAGGGCCUGGACUGGUGCAACGCCGGCUGGUUGGCCGACGGCACCGUGCAGUACCCGAUCACCGCGCCCCGCGCCGGCUGCGGGGGGUCCGACUUGGCUCCGGGCCUGCGCAGCUACGGUCGACGCCACCACCACCUCCACCGCUUCGACGCCUUCUGCUUCUCCGCUUCGGUGAAAGGGACCGUCUACUUCCUGCAAAGCCCGUCCAAGCUCAACUUCACCGAAGCGGUCCAGGCCUGCGCCGGGAACUCCAGUCGCGUCGCCAAAGUGGGCCAGCUGUACGCCGCGUGGAGGCUCGCGGGAUUGGACCGCUGCGACGCCGGGUGGCUCGCGGACGGCAGCGUUCGCUAUCCCAUCGCGAAAGCCCGCGCUAACUGCGGCCCGCCGGAACCGGGGGUGCGCAGCUUCGGGUUCCCCCCGCGCCACCGCAAGUUCGGCGUCUACUGUUACCGGUAGACUCUCGGACCUCGGCUAGGUUAGCGUUAGCUUGCGAGCACACGGGCAUUAUUGAGACCGUCUGACUUAAUUGCUCUCGUCUUUCUCCGUGAAACCACGACUGAGACUGUGACGCCAAUUUUAUUAACGCCCCCUUUUCGCACUGUGCAGUACUCGCUUGGCCCAACUCGGUCCGUUCGGGGCAGUACAUUUCCCACCUCAUUCUAGAACUUCCUUAGGAAAACUGUGAAAAGCACGGCUUUGAUGGAAAACGGCGAGCUGAAGCAAGGCGGGGAGUCUGCGGCGCGUCCGGAUCCGGGCAGCCGCAUCGGGGUACUCGGUCUCCACGUGGACGUCGCCCUCCGACGCCACAAGGAUGGUGGUAACGUUCUCCUCGGUGACAAAGCUCCAUUUGAUGCGGUGGGAGAGCGGGGCCGUGGUCGGUGCGCCGGGGUCUCCGGCGGUG